CUUUCAGGCUCUGAGGGUGUCUGGUGGGGCGGGCAGAGCCCCUGGCAGAGGCAGCAGCUGCCCGGCCAGUGCGGAGCAGGCGACUCGCCCGGGUGCCCAGCGCCCGCCCGCAUGGAGCUGCGUGACUACCAGUGGGAAGUGAUCCUGCCCGCCCUGGAGGGCCAGAACAUCAUCAUCUGGCUGCCCACGGGUGCAGGGAAGACCCGGGCAGCUGCCUACGUGUGCAAGAGGCACCUGGAGACCCGGGACCGGGCCAAGGUGGCCGUGCUGGUGAACAGGGUGCACCUGGUGGAGCAGCACUACACGCAGGAAUUCCACGCGCUGCAGGAUCGCUUCCGGGUCACGCCCAUCAGCAGCGACAGCGACCGGAAAUUCUACUUCUCCGAGGAGGUGAAGCAGAGCGACGUGGUGAUCUGCACGGCGAAGAUCCUGCAGAACGCCCUGACCAGCCAGGACGAGGACACGCACGUGGAGCUGACGGAUUUCUCCCUGCUGGUGAUUGACGAAUGCCACCACACCCACAAGGACGGCGUCUACAACCAGAUCAUGGAGGAUUACCUGGAGCGCAAGCUGAGAGGCCAGCGGAAGCUGCCGCAGAUCCUGGGCCUCACUGCCUCGCCCGGCACCGGGGGGGCCACCAGCAUCCAGGGGGCCAGGCAGCACAUCCUGCAGAUCUGCGCCAACCUGGACACCGCCAAAAUCAUGUCGUCCCAGAAGCACCGGGUCCACCUGGAGGCUCAGGUCCCUCGGCCCAGGAAGCAAUACGACGUGUCCUACGAGAGGCCGCAGGAUCCCUUGGGCAGGAAGCUGAAGGAGACCAUGGCCCACAUCCACCAGUACCUGGACGUUGGUGCCCUGCCGCAGGACUUCGGCACGCAGAGCUACGAGCAGCGCGUUGUCGAGCUGGGGAAGGAAGGAGCCCAGUCGUUCUGCCGUAAGAAGCGCACGUGCGCCAUGCACCUGCGGAAGUACAACGACGCGCUGCUGAUCAAUGACACGGUGCGCAUGAUCGAUGCCUUCAACGCCCUGGACGAGUUCUACCAGCUGGAAAAGGCCACCAAGCUUCUGCAGGACCCCACGGAGCGCUUCCUCGUCAGCACCUUCGAGGAGAUCAAGGCAGCCCUGCUGGCGCUGGCCAGCGACCCGCGCUACGAGAACCCCAAGCUCAGCAAGCUGGAGGAGAUCCUCCAGGAGCAGUUCCAGACCCUGGGCCGCUCCCGCGGCAUCAUCUUCACCAAGACGCGCCAGAGCGCCCAUGCCCUGCACAAGUGGAUCCAGGAGAACGCCAGGCUGGCGAGACUGGGCAUUAAGGCAGCUGUCCUGACCGGAGCCGGCUACAGCAACCAGACCAAGCACAUGACCCAGAACGAGCAGCAAGACGUCAUCAAGUUGUUCCGCAAGGGAGACCUCAACCUGCUCUUCUCCACCAGCGUGGCCGAGGAGGGCCUGGACAUCCCCGAAUGCAACAUCGUGGUUCGCUACGGGCUGAUGACCAACGAGAUCGCCAUGGUGCAGGCCAGGGGCCGCGCCCGCGCCGAGAACAGUCUGUACUCCGUCCUCGCCAAAGCCAACAGCAAGGAGGUGUCGCGGGAGCGGCUGAACGAGACCCUGGAGGAGCUCACGCAGAGAGUCGUCGAAGAGGUGCAGGCCAUGCCGGAGAAGGAGUACCGGGACACGAUCACAGACCUGCAGCGAGGCGCCAUCAUUAGCCGGAAGGUGAAGAAGGCUGAAGGCAACCAGAAGCGGCAGCUGCACGACCCGGACGCCGUCCGCCUCCACUGCAUAAACUGCAACAUGGCCGUGUGCCACGGCAGCGACCUGCGCACCGUGGAGAAGAUGCACCACGUCAACGUCAACCCGGACUUCAAGAUUUACUACAACGCCACGUCCAACAACGUGGAGAUUCCCCGCAACUUCAAGGACUGGAAGCCCGGGGGCAGCAUCAGCUGUGCGAGCUGCGGCCAGGCCUGGGGCAUGGAGAUGAUCUACCACGGCGUGACACUGCCCAUCCUCUCCAUCAAAAACUUCGUGGUGGCGACGCCAGACGGGAACAAACAGCCCAAGCAAUGGAGCCGGGUGACUUUCACCGUCGAGGAGUUUGACUACAUGGAGUAUUGCAGCAGGAACCUGGGCGAGUAGCGCCUGGCGAGCUCAGGAGACCGGCCGAGCCCCAAGCACCCUCCCGUGGCGAUAGGGAGCCUGAGCCCAGCCCUGGGCAUGUAGGCGGGAGCGCCCCUCCCAGAGAUCAGCACUGGGCACAGUGGAAGCAUUUUAACCCUGCUUUGCCCAGGUGUGGCUCUGUCUUUCCUCCAUACGCUCCACGGCGCCCGGGCACUGGGCAGCGAUAGACCAAUGGAGGAGGAAGGACGCCCUGGAGAUGGGCCCCCCUGUGCUCCUGCCCCUCUCUGAUCUGCUGGGCCCCUCUGGGCCCACACAGGAUCAGGUGCAGGAUUGGGACCUGGGGGGGGCUGCCUCCCCCAGAGACUGGGAGAUGGUCUAGUGACGGGACUGAAGUGUCCCAGCCAAACAGGGCAAGGGACCAUAGAACCACAGGGUUAGAAGGGACCAUGGGGAUCAUGUUGUCUGACCCCCUGCCAAGAUCUCGACUGUUCAGCCCAGGAUUGACCAUAAAACCCCUCCUGCCCUCCCAGGCGUCUAACACCCUCCCCCGUCCACCCCCCUCUGCCCCUCAGCACUUACUGCUAAGGAGCAGAGUGUUGUGACCAAAUCUCUGCCCUGGGAUGCAAGACUCCUGGGCCUUGUUCCCAGCUCUGCCGCUGACUCACUGGCUGAUCUCACACAAGUCUCGUCCUGCCUCUGUGCCUCAGUUUCCCUACCUGUCAGACAAGGAUAAUGCUGCGCCCCUUCUAGGGGGAGUCUGCAGGUACAUUUCUUUAUGGUUCUGUGAAGGACAGGACACAUCUCUCCCACCCUGCCCCUGUCCGGGAAAUCACGCCCCCAUCUCAGUCACAGCUUGCAGCGAUUCUGCACAAUGCGCAGAAGCCACUUUUUUUUCCUGCUCGGCUGCACGAAGCCGAGUGCAUGUCGAUUGCAGCAGCGUGUGAUCGGUUUGCAGAACUGCCACCAGCCCCUCUGCUGCCCGAACCGCGAGCCAGUGCAGCGGCUCAUGCUUAGCCAGAGCGGAGGAGCCAAUACGAAAACAGGCAAGUUCUCAUGAAAAUAAUAAUAAUAUAGCCAAUAGGGGGCCUUCUCGAGCCUCUCAGGGCCCUGCGCAAUUGCUCAGUCUGCCGAUGCCUAGCCCCAGCCCGGCUCUGGCUGUGUAGGAAAUACAAGCCCCACGGAGUCCCUAGACACCACGCAAUGCGGUCGGGAGUGGCCACGCUGAUCUCCAAGCAGCCUGCUGCCACCUGGGGGUUUGAGGCUGUGAUGCUGGCAGGCCAGGUGCCAGCUCAUGCCGCGGUCCCCACUGAACACUGACAGAUACACGGCGGGCACCAGCCUGGCUCCCCGAGGGUUAGUGGUGUUGAAAUAGGUAGUAGAACUAUCAGCAUGUGCUUCGUGUUUAGACUGUAUUGAAUCGCUGUGAGUUGCUACGUGCGUUGAUUGCAGUCAGACUGUCCCACACUGUACGGUAAUCGCUCAGCGUUUGCGCUGUCAGCCUCAGUAACUGUGUAAAGACCGGACCAGAGAGCGCGAUUCGUGUGAAACGCUGGUCGCUGCCAGCAGGUGUUACCGCCAGCCCACAAGGAAGGCCCAGCCAUACCAGGCAGACUCGAGCGGAACACUAACGUGGACAAAAGACUUGGUGGUUUACGCUCCCCACCCUAUUAGGAUGAGUCUCGACCGUGAAUUCCUCCCAUCAGCUGAGUUUCAACUCCAAGUAGAAGCGGGGAAGGGAAUAAACCCCCUAACAAGGAGGAACUGGAUCUUUAUGCUGCUUUGCAUGGGACAGGGAUCGCUGGGCGUAAGCAAAAGCAGCCCAGCUGCUCAGCCUGGCUUAGCCCUGCGGACCAGACCGAGCUUGCGUAGCACAGAAGCUUCUGUUACUCUUUGAAACUGAAGAUUAGCCCUCGUGUGUGUGCGUGUGUCUGCCUGCUUUACCUGUAUGAGUAACUCGGAUUUCCUUGGCUAUAGAAUAAAUCUUUAGACAGGUCACUA